AUGGCGCAGCAUCUUGUCUUAGUGAUCGUUUUCGGUGUAUUAGUUUGCGACAAUGUUCGUCUUGUUCAAUGCGCUGAUAAAUGCAAAACCCGCGCGGAUUGCAAAAGCGAUUAUUGGGCGUAUUGCUGCGGUGGAUACUUCGGGAGCAAAGAUCGAUCUUGUACGUCUGGUUCGUGUUUGAAUCACUAUUGCUCAAGCGACAGUGAUUGUGGCGACCCAUCAAUGUGUUGCCGCUCUAAUAAAUGUGCCAACAAGGGUUGCUCUGGAUGUACCAAAAAUUCAGACUGUUAUGGAAGGCAUGUCUGUUGCAAGAAGACGUUUCUUUUGAACCAGACUGUCUGUGCUGCGAAUUGUAUCAACCAAACUUGUAAUUCCAACAGUGACUGUGCUGGUUGGGGAGAGUGUUGUCGAUCGGGAAAGUGUGUCAAAACAGGCUGUAGCGAUAAGUGUACAUCGAAUUCCGAGUGCAAUUUGGAUGAAUAUUGUUGCAAGAAGAAGAGUUCCGGCUAUUGGGGAGAUAGUUGUGCCAAAAGUUGUGUGGGCGAGUUCUGUUGGAUUAACGACGACUGUGGGGCUCGAAAUGAGUGUUGUAUUUCUAACAAAUGUGUAGAUCGUGGUUGUUCGGGAUGUACUACAAACUCACACUGCAGUAGUGGACAUUACUGUUGUAAGAAAAGACAGUGGUAUGUUGGUGAAUUUAGUGAGUGUAGUGAACAUUGUAUUGGAAAAUCUUGUAGUACAAGUGAUGACUGUGGUGGCCCGGGCGAGACUUGCGACUCUGAGCAUAGAUGCGCAGUUAACCAAAACAGCAACUCUCUCUCAUCAUGGGCGAUUGCUGUUAUUACUGUAAGUCUAGUUGUAUUUCUUAUUGUUGUUGGAAUAACACUAGCUGUGUUUUGGUAUGUAAAAAGGAAGCGACCAACGAAUGCAACUCAAGCGGGAACUGUGCCUCUACAGAACACUUCAUAUCAAGGGACACAAAUCCAGAAUCAACAACCAAACACCCAGUUUUCGCAUCUUAACAAUCCAACUGCAUUUCAAAAUUAUCCUCAUCAUGGCAACAACAACGUGGCUCGUCAAUCCCACAAUCCUAGUCACUACCCUCAUGGAUUCCAAUAUGGAGCACAGGGUUAUGUAGAUUCUCCUCCAAACUACGAUGACCAAGGACACCACACUACUCUGUCUUCAUAUCCUGCACAAAGUGACAACGAAAUACAUCAGAACCACAAUCGACUUCACGACCCUGUUUAUCACACUCUCAAAUCCCCGGAAGUGACAAAAGAUGCACAAUUUCAAGACAUCAGUGGCCAACAAAUGUAUCCACAGAAUGCCCCUCGCCAAGGUCACGAUUACCACCAUCAUCCUCCGUAUAACCCACAGUAUCAAGGCAAACCAUAA